AUGCGCUUCUCUCACAUGCAUGCUUCUUGCUGCGUUUGGCCCAGGAGCGUGAGUGGAUUACACGAAGAAUGGUCGUCAAACAUGGAAUGGCGCGAGAAGUGGGCGGAGGUGCAGGGCAGCGUGAGCGGCCUGCACGACGAGCAGAGGCAGCUCGCCAGGCGCCUCGAGGGGCUCGACGAGAGGCUGUGGGCCAGGACCAGCAGCCUGGAGCAGGCCAGGCACCGGAGCCAGGAUCUGGAGCAGCAGGUGCAGGCGGUGGAGCACCAGAACCAGGUCAUGGCCGCCUCCAUCGAGGGUGCCCAGAAGCGCCAACUGGCGAAGCUGGCGCGGUCGGAGCGGUUGCUGGAAGAGCUCACGCGGCGCGUCGGGCGGGCGGAGGAG